AUGUCUCUCAAACCAAUUACCGUUUACAACCACGGCAAGUUCAUGCCUCAGUUCAAUUCUCGACCAUCCUAUGGCCCCAACCCUAAGAAGGUCAACAUUAUUCUCGAGGAGCUCAGCGUUCCCUACAAGCUGAUUGUCAUUGAGAAUCCUAAGGAUGAGGAGUACCGCAAGAUUAACCCUAAUGGCCGUCUCCCCGCCAUCAUCGACCCUAACAACGAUAGCCUCACCCUGUGGGAGUCUGGCGCCAUUGCUGAGUACCUCGUCGAGACCUAUGACAAGGAGAACAAGAUUAAUGCCACCGCCGGCGCCGACAAGUGGCAUCUGAAGCAGUUCCUGCUCUUCCAAAUGUCCGGCCAGGGUCCGUACUACGGCCAGGGUGUCUGGUUCCAUAAGUCUCACGGCGAGGACGUCCCCUCUGCUAAGAAACGCUACCUCGAGCAGAUGGAGCGUGUCUGGAGCGUCCUGGACGACCUCCUCAAGGGCCAGGAGUAUCUCCUAGGCAGCAAGCUGACCUACGUCGACCUCUGCUUCGUUCCCUGGGAGUUCGUCGCACACAACUUCCUCGGCGAGGAGUUAAAGGCCGCGGGCUACAACGCCGAGAAGAAGUACCCCAACUACUGGGCCUGGUACCAGCGCCUGCUGGCCCGUCCUUCCGUUAAGAAGACCUACGGCCUGUAA